AUGGGAGAAGUGGAUACCUUCUCCAAAUCCGGAUGGAUGGGGAGCAAUCAUUAUUCAUCCAAGACAAAGAGAAUUGUGUCGCUUUUAAAUGGUCCGCUUUAUCAGAUCGAGCCCUGGAAUCGCAAUGGCGAGGGUCUCUCGGCUGCUCGUUAUCUGAUCCGACUCGUGCCGGGCGUUGGGGCUGCCACUUUAGCCCCAGAUAAGCGAGAGCUAAACCAGAUACAGAAUAGCCCCUUUUCAACCCAGGUGCCUCUGGCCCAUAAUAGCCAAUCACAUCGAGGGAACGCCCAGACCGCCUCCCCGAUUAGGCUUGGCGUGGGUUACACUAGUAACUAA